AUUAACAAUGGGUUAUUUUUGUGUUUUUUGUGAGUCUAUUUUAGUAUCAUUGAAGACUGUAAGUGAUCUUUUAAAACAUUUUCAUUAUCGCCAUGGUAUUACUUCAACACAAAAUUGUAAAAUUUCUUGUAGACAAGGUGGCUGUUGCAGAACAUAUGACAAUGUCCAUUCCCUUAAAAUUCAUUUAUAUAGAAAGCAUCCAAUUGACCCUCAUUUGGAAUAUAACGAUAUAAAUAUUUCUCCUAUAGAAAGCAAUGGUGAGCUAAUGGAUCAGCUAGGUAUUUAUACAGCAGCACAUAUUGAUAAAGAUAACAGAAAUACUAUUUUUUCAAGUGAAUUAAAUGGGGAAAAGAUAAAAGAAAUGAUUUUAGAUGUUUUAAUGACUCUAAGAUGUCGUAACACAAGUGAAGUUAUAAUUCAGUAUGUAGGUAAAAGUAUUCAAAAUAUUUUAUCCACAGUUAUUGAAAGUGUACAAAAAACAAUUCAAAAUGAUGAAACAGAUGCUGGCAGAGUAAGUGAUGUCCUAAAUGAUAUUGAAUGUGAGUGUGUAAAGUGUAGUUUAAUUACAUCUAGUUACCUGCAAAGAAAACACUUACAACAAAAAGGGAUGGUUGCACCUAUUAAAAUAACUGUUGGGUUCAGAUCUGAGAUGCUUCAUAAAGUUUAUAAAAAUAAUGUAAUGAGUUAUCGAAAUGAAACUAUGCAGUAUAUUUCUAUUCUAGAAAUCAUUUCUAUGGUGAUUUAAAAGUACUCCAUUAACAAAAUAGAUGAUAACGUUUUAACAAAAUUAAAUAAAUUAACUUGUUAUAGUGAUGCAGAACAAUAUAAGAAUCAUCCUUUAUACAAGAAACAUCCAAAUGCUCUUCAGCUUCAACUAUACUGUGAUGAUUUUGAAACAGUAAAUCCUUUAGGAUCAAAAACUAAAGUUCACAAAGUUUGUGCAGUUUAUUUGUCCAUCAAAAAUGUUAACAUAAAGAAAUGCUCUAAAUUGACUAACAUAUAUCCUGUAAUUUAUUGUUUUUCAGCUGAUGUUGCAAAGUAUGGAUAUGAAAAGCUUUUAAAGCCAUUAAUAAAGGACUUGGUAGCUCUAGAGAAGGGAGUUAAAUUGUAUAUAAAUGAAAAUUACAUUUGUAUAUAUGGUGCAGUAGUUAUGUGGUCUGGGGACAAUCUUGCAUUGCACCAAAUUUUUGGAUUUAGUUCAAACUUUAUUGCCAACAAGAGCUGUCAUUACUGCUAUACAACAAAAGAACAAAUGCAACACACUUUUUAUGAAGAAGAUCUAGUCUUAAGAACUAAAGAGCAUCACAUUGCAGAUUGUCAAGCACUUUUUAGUGAAGCUAAUAGUAAUAAAUUAUCUGGUGUAUAUAAACAAAAUCCAUUGUCAGAGCUUCAGUAUUUUUCUGUUCUUGAUAACAUUUGCCCAGAUUUAAUGCAUGACAUACUUGAGGGUUGCUUACAGUAUGAAUUAAAAAUAGUUCUUCAUCGCUUAUUACUAAUUAAUUGCCUGUUGACCAUUGAGGAAUUCAAUGGUUGAUUGCAAAGCUUUAAUUUUGGCAUUGAUAAGAAAAAUAAGCCGUUGCAAAUAACAUGUGAAAAACUUGUUUCUAAAGACAAAAGGUUAGGUUUAAAUGCAACACAAAGUUGGUGUUUAGGAAGAUUUUUUUGUUUGUUGCUUGGUGAUGUUGUAGAUACUGAUAACCAGUACUUUCAUUUAAUUCAUUUAUUAUUGGAAAUAUGUGAAAUAACCUUUGCUCCAAAAGUGACUGUUCAUUUAAUAACUUAUUUAACAGAGGUCAUUAGCAUUCAUCACAAGUUGUUUACAAAAAUAUUUUCUGGACAUACUGUUAUUCUAAAACAACAUUUUCUUGUCCAUUAUCCUUCAAAAAUUUUACAACUAGGUCCUUCACCAAAUUAUUGGUGUAUGCGAUUUGAAGGAAAACAUGCUCCUGCAAAGGAGCAAUGUCACAUUUUGCACAACUUUAAAAAUGUUUUAAAAAGUAUUGCAUGGCGUCAGCAAAUACAAUUACAUCUUGAUUUGUCAAAUUUUGCAAGUAUACUCAGUGCAGAAGUAGGUCCUGGUAUUGAAAUUAUGCCAGCUUGCUUACCUUUGCCAGUGGCUGUUUUUGGUGAAAUUCCACUGUAUGAAGAAUGUUUUUGUGCAAAUUAUGUAAUCACAGAUGGUGUAAAGUACAUGCCAGACUUUAUUGUAGUUUUAGGGCUAACCAAACUUUGUCUCCCAUGUUUCGUAAAGAUUCUAUAUCUACUUGUCCAUGAAAACGAAUGCACACUUAUAGUUGAAAAUCUUUUUACCAUACACUAUGAUGCUCAUAUUGCUGGCUAUAAUGUAUGUAAGACAUCUAAAUAUACAGCUGUUAAAAUAGACAAUUUAUUUGAUUCUCGUGUACUGUCGUUGUCAACUGGCUUCAGAAAGUAUUCUGAUGAAAGUUUUGUUAUAACAAGACAUGAAUAUAUUAGCCUGGAUAUAAUAACAUAAUUUUUUAGUUUUGAUAUUGAUUUGAUUUUGUUAUUAAUGAAACAAAAUUAUGAUAAUGAAAUAUUUACCAACUUUUGUUUUUCUAAAUUAUGAAUUUAUUUUGAAAUUAUGUAUUUAAGUUAAUAAUGUAAAUAGGCAAUUUUUGUUCAAACAUGGAUAAUGUUUAUUGAUUUUCUUUGAUUUUCUUACUUUUAGUAAAGUUUUUUUAUAAUAAUGGAAGAAAUUAACAACUUCUUAAGUAAAGUUCUUCCAGUGGAGGAUAUUAAUCGUCUCCUGCCUCAUUUGGUAGAGCUAGGUGCUAGUUCAAUGGAAGAUUUGCUGUUUUUAAACAUUGAAACAGACCUGCCUAAUGUACUACCUCCUCUUAAGAGACGUAAAUUAGAAGCAGCUUUAGCAACUUCAAAUUCUAAGCCUGUUCAUUCGCAAAAUGUGGACCUUAUUGAAACAUCUGUGGUAACUCCCAUUGCAUGUACCAAGUCAUGUGGUCCAAAAAAGGUUGUGUCAAUAAUGGAUGCAAUAGAAAAUCAUCCUUUAAAAAAUAGCAUCAUUAUUGAGGCACAAAAAGCUGUAAUGGAUGAUCGCUUGCAUCAUCUUCUCGUCAAAGUAGCAUGCUCUUACUUAAUUGAUUGCUUCGGAAAAUGCAUUAGUACUAAAAUCUUUAAAAGCCCUUGUUUAUCUUUUGCCAACUAUGGGAAAAUAUCGUGUUUCAGCAAUGCUUUUCCUAAUUGAAGAACUAAAGGACGGCGAGACACUCAAGAUGUUCCUUAAUCGCUCAAAUCCAAAACAGCAACCGUUCAUUUUGUCGUGUAGAUCGUCUUUUUUUGUUGUAUGCGAUGGAAAAGCAAUUAUAGUUAAACCUUCGAAAGUUUCUGUUGCCUUUGACUGUCUUUUCAAGUCGUUUUUUGUAUUUAAUCUUGAAUAUCCAAAGCAACUACAAAUUUUAUACAAUUUCUUUCAAGAAUUAGUUUAUAAACUGCCUGGUUCUGUUGCGUCCACUAAAGCACGUAAAUUAUUCGAAGAGAUAUCUCAUAUGUAGUAUAUUCAGAAAUAAUAAAGCCUCGAACUGAUGCUGACAAAUUUUAGACAGUAAUUUAGGACAUUUUAGUAAUUUUAGCCUUUAUCUUCUUCUUUGAAAUUUUUUUUUACUGCAAAUCUUUUAUGUGAAACUAUAAAUUAAAAAUAUGCACGAUAUUUUCAGUAAAUUUUAAAAAUAUA